CUCAUCUCAGUCUUGAGUAUCAGCUUCCUCCACAUCAAAGGUGUGCAUGCCACCUGUUAAAUUUAGUCGCCAUGACAGAUGCUGCCUUAGCAGAAAAGAAUAAUGACGCAUACAAAUGGCUAUCACAUGCAGCCUUUGGGAAAUGCCAAGCAAUGUGUAACAAGUCAGCAAUCCGGCCAAAUCAGACCAGGUGGAACUCUACAUACACAGCUGUGGAGAGAAUCUUAAGGAUCAUUCGAGAGAAUGGUGAAGACGCAAUCAGAAAUGUUUGUGAGCAAUUCAAAGUGAAAAUGCUGAGUCCAGCUGAAAUUGUUUUCCUGACUGAGUAUUGCACUGUUAUGAAACCUGUUGUGAAGGCACUGAACAUUCUUCAGUCUGAGACCAUCACACGCAUGGGGUGGCUCCUGCCAGUGAUCUUCCAGUUACAAGCAAAACUCAGCAGACUUGAGACAUCCUCCAAGAUGUGUCUGCCCCUUAUCAGAGCAGUUCAGGAUGGUGGCCAAAAGCGCUUUGAUGAGAUGAUGUACGACCGUGAACUGAUUGCUGCAGCAAUCUUUCUGCCAAAGUUCAAGAACAUCUCGACUGAGAGGGCUGAAAUCAUAGAAGCAGGUCUGGUCUAUGUGAAACAAAACCUUGACCAGAUGGCAGAGGCAGCGGUGGAGCAAGUCGUGUCACUUUCAUCAGAUGAAGAAGACUUCUUCUCCUCAAUGAAGUCCAGAAGGUCACAAGGUACAGGGGAGCUAGAUGGCUAUCUUGCUUGUGUCUCACACAACAUGGAUCUGUUGAACUCAUUUCCACACACGGGAUGAUCUG